AUGUGUCUUGUGAACCACAACUGUCGGUCCAACUUCAGGCAACCUCCGUCCUCUACUGCACAACGACCACUUGCAAGCUGCAAGCCUUCUUCCCACGCCCACUUCCCACAUGGAAAUGCCAGGUCUUUUCCAGUUCAGCAUAUCCUGCUUCUUGCCACAGGUGCUGGAAAGAGAGCAGCAACCUUUAGUAAGCCAGUGACUAUGACAUGGCCAAGGUACAUGCUUUCCCUUCAAUCAAGAGGCACUCAGCGAAGGCCACCUUCUAAUAGGGAGGCAAGGAAAACUGGCUUCACUGUGUCUGGAAGAGAAGUUGACCAGUGGACAGCAGCAGAUCCCAUCCACAUCUUUGUCUCAAGUGGUGCAACCUUGGGCAGGUCGCUACACUUCCAUGGACCCACUUCUAAAAACGGUGACAACACAAAGACCUGCCACCAAGAGACUAUGACAAUAAAAAUUGGUGUGGAGGACGGUGCCGGGGAGGAGACAUUUGCAGCAAAUUACAACGAUGUUAGGAAUGUCAGGCUCCUGAGGAAAGUAGGCAGCGAGUUUGUGGAAACACCCGUGAAGAGGCGGAAUGUCCUGAGAGGAGAGGCAGGGCGGAUGUUUGCUUGGUUCUGA